GAAAAUAUUGCAAGUAAAACUUUUCAUCGUAUACCUACUUAAUAAAAUACACCAGCUACUUGUCCAAAAACCGCGCCAAGAAGUGUUUUCUUAUUUUUAUUUUCAAACGAUAUGAGAUGCAAGAUGAAAUCACUGGUUUUUGUUUUAUUUCUAAUGAAAGAAAUCACUUCGAUACGAUCAUCGACUCGUGAAUCGAGAAAACACGACUUGACCAUACAUUUGAACAGAACUAUUAACAAACUGUUUCAAAGCGUUAAAACGGUGAUUGUGACCCAUUUAUUGAAAAAAAUACAAAAUCUCGAACCGCAGACAUACGAGUAUAAUUUAACCCAUCCGAUAGACGGAUUUCAAGAUCGGAUCAUUUUUCGUGAUACGUCGAUUCAAGAUUUCUGUUUGUACAUGUCAUCGAAACACAUCGACUAUGAUUUCAUCAAUGACAAAAUACAAAUAGUACUUCACGAAGCUGACGUACAUUUUGGGGCAGAUGUACAUUCUGCAGAGGAUACCUACUACGGCAGUUUUUUCGCAGUGAUGGAAAUCGAAUCCAAAUGUCUCAUAAACGUGGUCAAAUUACCAGAAACUGAUCCCGGUUAUAAAAUAUUUCAAAUUGAUAUGCAAUUCUUCGACUUGAACAACAUCACGUAUCGUAUUUUCAACGAAAGUGUGACAAAUAACACAAAACUAGUCAAAGAAAUCGAAUCCAGGCUACCAUCGAUAUUACUCGAUAACAUGAAUAAUAACGAAAUACUGACCCAAGCUUUAUACGACAGUUACGGUUUCCAGCCAAAAAAACACCUCAUAGCGAAACGUAAAAAUUUCUCGAAUAACGAACCGCAAUACUACUACCGGAUACCCACCGCUCAAUACUUUUGUUUCAACUUGAAAAACAUUACAAUCAAAGGGCUGUCAAAUUUUCAAUCAUUAAAAUACCAUCGUUUUCCUAGAACGGCGAUUCACACUCUGCUGAUAAAAGACGUUCGAGGAAAUGCAACUUUGGAUUACGGACGCGAAUCGGACCCUCCUUUGAGAUUGCAUUUCUACAUAGAUUAUCUUACAAUAUCACAGGAUGGAUUUGCAGAUCGUUAUGGAAGAGGAUUCAAAGUCGGUGGGCAUUGGUGUUCGGUUAGGAGAGUAAGAGGGAAUACUUCAUUGACCAAUGUUCAAACAGAAGGCGUAAUACGGAGUAUUGAAUCAGCCUUUGCGUUUUCGUUGACGCCACAAUUGGAUGUUUGGAAAGCGCACGAAAUGGAGAAUCCAAUAGGGCAGAAAUGUUCCGAAUUAUUAGCAUCGUUGAGCUGGGAAGAGAUGAAGGAAUCGUUUAAAAAAUGGAUUCCGUUCAAUGAAGACUAGUCAAUUUGAGAUCAAAUACAUAUAAGUUCCUACCGUACCUAACUAACUAAUCAUAAAUUUGUUUUUUUUUUAUAUAAUGAAGAAAUAAAUCAGAUUGAAGAUUA